UCCAAAUCGACAAAAACCAGCUCAGCUCAAGCCCCUCGGAUUCGAAUUCCAAGUUCGGCUCAAUGGGACAAAAUAGUAAUUCCUGCAACUAAUAGGUGGUCCUGGUUAAAGCGUGCAUUGCGUGUUUGUGACUCCAUUUUAGGUCCACCAACAGCCAUGGCACCGAACGGCACUGUUGCGGCGACGACGACGUCGGCUCCAUCAUCACCAUCGCCGACGACGUGGGUACGGGAGAGUAAUCUGCUGUGGUACCACCGGUGGGUGAUCCGGGUACUUCGGGCGGGUCCUAUACCGGCGCACGUGGCCUUCAUCAUGGACGGUAACAGGCGGUACGCGAAGAAAGCCAACAUCGCCAAGGCGGAAGGCCAUUCGGCCGGGUUUGAGAAGCUGUCCGAGACGCUGCAGUGGUGCCUGGAGGUCGGCAUCAGCGAGGUCACCGUGUACGCGUUCAGCAUCGAGAACUUCAAGCGCACACAGGACGAAGUGGAUGGACUGAUGGACCUGGCGCGAGAAAAAUUCCAGCGACUACUGGCUGAGCGCGACAAGCUGCACGAACGGGGUAUCUGCAUCCGGAUCAUCGGUAACUGGGAUCUACUUGCGGACGACAUUCAGCGCAGCAUCGCCGAGGCAGUACUGCUGACGAAACACAACCGCAAGGCCACGUUGAACGUGGCGUUCGCGUACACGUCGCGGGAUGAGAUGACACAUUCCAUACGUACCGUCGCCCAGGGUAUCAGUGAUGGGCGGCUGGAGCCGGGAGACGUUAACGAGGAGCUGCUGACGCGCUGCCUCUACACUAAGUAUUCGGCCGAACCGGACCUGCUGGUGCGGACAUCGGGCGAGGUGCGACUGAGCGACUUUCUGCUCUGGCAGUCAACCAGCACCGUCAUGUACUUUACGGAAACGCUUUGGCCCGAGUUUACCAUCUGGCAUCUGUUUGGGGCCGUCUUCUACUAUCAACGGUAUCGGUGGCGAAUGCAGGAUAUCCGUCGGUCACUCGACAGUUUCACCAUCGAUGCAGCCUGCUCGGAUGACGCUACGGAGGGUGCUUGCGUUGAGCGCAAAGAGCGAAUAGGACGGUUCCUGGAGCACAUUGAGCAGGAGGAAGAGAAGCAACUCAGGCGGCUAGUUCGAGGGAUGGCGAUCAAGUGAAGAACGGGUGCGAUCCUAGGUAUCGAUCGCUAAAUAGCUUUAGCAUACACACACACACAGCUGAACCAGCCAAGUGGGAUCGGUGCGUACGUACGAUAAAUCAGGUCAAUGUUUACGCGUUCGCAAAGCAAUGCUGUCUAGUAGGCUACGGUUUGGGUAUCGACCGGAUCCGAGGGGCAUUUUCCUUUUGGAAUCUUUACUCUGUUGGGUAGUAGCAAAUGUUAACUAAAUGCAUUAGUUAGUCGUUAGGGAAUGAAUCAAGAAAGACAACACUGUACUGUACUUUACUGUAAUUCUUCAAAAAUGCCGCAUGCGGUUCUUCACGUGGUGCAAUCAUCCAUCCCAUCUAUGCCGUUUGUCGUGGAGUGUAAAUAGGUAACAAUCUUCCUCUACUUCACUAUACCAUUUCGGCCAGCCAGGAAAACGUGAUGAAGAUCCCGGUGUACGCCUCUAGGAAUGAAUUGGUGUAAUAAAGCAUGAUAUAUUAAA